ACCUUUUGUUUUAUGAAAGUACUACAUAUCUUUAGGUAUUUCAAAGGGAAAAAAAAAAUGGGAACAAAUAUUCAAGUUCUAAUUGUUGUAUGUACCAUAAUAUGUUUUUGUUCAAUUUCAGAUGCUACCCUAGUGGAAAAGAAUGGGACUGCCACCUUUUACAAAGCUCCUUACAUUCCCUCUGCAUGUAAUGGAUAUCAAGAUGAUGGUAAUUUUAUAGCUGCUGCAAGUGAUGAAAUAUGGGAGAAUAGAGGAGCAUGUGGGAAAUGUUACAUGAUAAAGUGUAUUGGUGCCACAAACCUAGCACCACACCCUUGUAAGCAAGGCUACAUUCUUGUUCAAAUUGUCGAUUAUUGUCGAGGAUGUCGCGGAACCAUCAAUCUUUCUGAAGAAGCUUUCUUUGAUAUUGCUGACCCCAAAGCUGGGAGAGUUAAGAUUGAAUAUUUUGUGUGGCCAGAGAAGAUCUACUAAGGGCAAGUUAUGAUGAUAGUCAUUGGUGGAGAUACCCGGCCCGUACAUCUAGCUAGAAACACUCUUAUCAUGUAAAGGUUACAAAUUUGAUGAAACAAUAUAUAUGUGUGUGUGAGGCGUAUUGAUUGAUGAAAUGAAGGGGGCUUUUCUUUCUUUCUAUAA